GGGGGCGGUGGCGUCACGCGGUUUCCCUGUUCCCGUCUGGAAGCGAGGGAGGGGGAAGGGGAAGGGGAAGCGCUUGAGGGGAGAGGCACCUCCGGUACCCGCGCUCGGAGAAGGGCGGGCCGCGCGGUUACUGCCGGCGGGGGAGACUGCUCCCGCCUCGCCCCUCCCCUCCCGCUGCUGCCGGCCUGAGCUGGCGUUUCCCGAGGGAAGCGGAGGUACCGCGGGCAGGGCUGGAGUCUUCCUGGCCGUUGGGGGAGCCCUCGGGUGUGGGGGCCUGACAGCAGGCGGGCACCAACACUCCGCACUCGCCUUCGUUUCUCAGCCGUGGAGGGCCGGCAGCGACCAGGGCGAGUGAGGCCAAGGUCGGCACAAUCGGCUUGCGAAGAGGCUUCCUGAAACGUGGUUGUUUCGCGGCGUGUGUCUACAUUGGAAAGGAGAAAUUGGGUUCACAACAAAACACAGCUGCUCUCAUGCAAACUUCAGUUGUGCAUCUGUAAUGAAAAGAUGGAUCUGGGCUCACAUUCCACUCUAAAUCAAUACCUGCAACAGACGGGAGUUUCAUCUGGAUCACAAGAUAAAGUUUCGGUUCCUGAUUCUGGACCAGAAAUGGCUGAACCUCAGGCGGCUGUGGCUUCUGUGGUAACAUCAAAGCUGUCUGUUAAAGCACCUGAGUUUUAUCCAUCAGGAUACAACCAGAACUUCAAUCAGAACUUCACAGAUCCUUCCUUUGAUGAUAGAUACGACGGGUAUCUGACACUGGCAGAAUAUGUACAAGACUUCCUAAAUCAUCUCACCGAGCAACCUGGUUGUUUUGAAACUGAAAUAGAGCAGUUUGCUGAAGCACUGAAUGGCUGGGUCAUUGCGGAUGAAGCUUUACAAGAACUUGUUGAACUUGUCUAUCAGCAGGCCACAUCUGUCCCAAAUUUUUCCUACAUGGGAGCACGGUUGUGUAACUACCUGUCUCACCAUCUGACCAUUAGUCCACAAAGUGGGAACUUCCGACAACUGUUACUUCAAAGGUGUCAAACAGAGUAUGAAAACAGAGAUGAAGCUACCAAAGGAGAUGAGACUACUCGAAAGCAGUUUCAUGCCUUUGUGCUGUUCUUAGCUGAACUUUACCUGAACCUAGAGAUUAAAGGGCCAAAGGGACAGGUAACACGAGCAGAAAUUCUUCAAGGAGGCCUUCGGGAAUUACUAAAUGCCCUCUUGUCUUAUCCUGUGGACAGUAAUCUGAUAUGCGCAGUGAAACUGCUGAAGUUGACAGGCUCGGUUUUAGAAGAUGCUUGGAAAGAAAAAGGAAAGAAUGAUAUGGAGGAGGUGAUUCAGAGAAUUAAAAAUGUUGUGUUGGAUGCAAACUGUAGCAGAGAUGUGAAGCAUAUGCUUUUGAAACUAGUUGAACUGCGAUCAAGUAACUGGGGUAGAGUUUAUGGAACGUCUCCUCAUACAGAAGCUACCCCUGAAAAUGACCCAAACUAUUUUAUGAAUGAGCCAACAUUUUACACUUCUGAUGGAGUUCCUUUCACUGCAGCAGAUCCAGAUUACCAAGAAAAAUACCAAGAGCUGCUUGAAAGAGAGGAUUUCUUUCCAGAUUAUGAAGAAAAUGGGACAGAUUUAUCUGGAGCUGGAGAACCUUAUUUUGAUGACCUUGAUGAUGGUAUGGAUCCAGAAAUUGAAGAAGCAUAUGAAAAAUUCUGUCUGGAAUCUGAACAUAAGAGAAAACAGUGAGAUACUACACAAUAAUAUUAGUUUAUUAAGCCAGUUUAGGUAUGGUUAGAAUACAGGGGGACACAAAAUAUUUGUACCAAAAUACUAAAGUUAUACGAUUUCCUUUUUGUUUAGCAGAAUCUGCCAAAAAUUGUAAACUUUUGUCCUGUAACUUAAAAGGUUGUGUAUAUAUCAUAGUUUAUUUUAUGUACAGGUAUAUGAACAAUGUUUUGGCUGCAAUAAAAAAGAUUUCAAAGUUACCAUAAUUGAAAUUAAAAUGUAAUGGGGAACUGUCCCAUAAAAUUUCCCUUAAGGGACAAAGGGGAUAAAUAACUUGAUAUGAUUCUAAUUGCUUGCUUGCUUGUUUUAGCAUAUAAUGGGGAUAUACAUGUCAUUUUUACCAUGUACAAGAUACCUGGUAUUUGAUAUUUAAUUUUUUUUAAUAGGUUGUUGUUUUUUUAUUUGCUAAUAAGAGUAUGAGCCAAAUAUGGAUACUUUUUUUUUUUCUGUAGAUCACAAUCAUGAGAAGUAGUUUGUGAAGGUUUUGGUUUGUGUGGGUUUUUUUGUCGUGUUUAUUUCCUUUUCCUUUCUCUUCUAAUAUCCUUAUGGGUAUUCUGGACUUUUUUUCCUGGAAUAAAUAUGCUAUGUAUUGAUGUGUGAAAAAGCAAGCAGUAUUUUGGAAGUCAGGUGCUUUCAAGAGCUUUGGUUCAGAUAAGCUUAUGUUCAGCUUUUACAAGCAAAAUCUAUCCUUUAAUUUUUGUGUGUUCUUCAAGACUGUAUAAAUAUAGUUAUGUUUAACCCGUG